AUGGCCACCAGAUCAUUGCGGCACAGGUCCAGCCGCUACUCGAGUCCCGCCACCUUUGGGGACAAAGAGGCUGCAGCAAAGCCCAUUGAGGAGGUCUCGACGAGACAUGGUCAGCAGACGAGCCUGGACAAAUGGAUUGAGCCCGCUGUGCGACCUGCGGUGCCCAGCUUUGAAGAUACAAAAGGUCUGGAGAGGGUGGGCGUGCUGGAGAACAUGCAGCCCUUGGGGACGGCGCCUUCUCAACGCAUGCUACAAAAGCUCAAAUUGAACUAUGUCCGGCCUUCACCACGACCAGCUCCGGCACCGGUGGAGGACGUUGUCACGCCCGUGGCAGAACUUGAAAAGGCGGACUCAGCAUCCCCGUUGGAGGAGGACGUGCCCGUGACAACAGCGACAACUGAGGCCGAGCAGCCUGAAGGAUUGCCCGAUAACCCAUCGAAUCUUCAACGAUCCUUUGAUCCCAUGGUCAUUUCCAGUCCUCCGCGCGGUCGACCGCCUCGACGGGAUGUUGCAGAGAUGCCUCAAGCAGCUACGGUGUCGCCGUCUCCUGCCACGUUAUCCUUUACGCCCACCACUCAAGCGUCACCCAAACCGUUAUCCAUUCAGCAGCAACUACGACAAGACCGAAUUCGAAUUCAUGUCGACCGUGCUAUGCUGGAAGCACAUAACAAAAACACGCCCGACCUGGUCCGUGGGCUCCAGACAAUCCGCGACGAUGCCCAGGUGAAUCCGGACCUGUGGAAUCUGUUGGAGGCUUUGAUCAACGGCUCCCCCACCUUUGAGCAGUUCAAAGUCUUCAAGCGCUACAUCAAGUCGGGCGUCAAGCAGCAUAGGAGGGAAAGUCAAAUGUCGGGGAGCCCGUAUCAACCUUCUCCCAUGUUCAACGAUUUCGCUUCCCCUGAACACCGAGAACGCUCGCCGAAACCUAACCACUCAGACGCCAACGGGCCCUUGUUCUCCGAAGAGCGGCCUCACAAAAUCAGUCUCUCCUUCAACUUCCCGCGUGCGGCGGCUACCUACGGCUCCGAAGAAGCGCCAGUGUCGCCGUCGAGGAUUGCGCGUUCUGUGGAGGUUGCUGAACCAGGCCGAAGAUCGAGCCACCGCGCCUCCCAUUCAUCACCAUACAAGCGGAAAAGGACGGGCAGUGUGUCGACCAUCUCGUCCCUUUCGUCAGCUCCCUCUGAUGAAGUCCAACCUCCCUGGGAGCCACCGGGCGGCGACCAUGGAAGGGGUGGUGGCGGAUCCAGAUCAGCUGGACAACGCCAAUCUGCAAACCGGAUGGCAGCUGGCAACCGACUUCGUUCAGCUGCCGGUGCUACCGCUCUCCCUUCUCAAGCUGUUCCCAAACAAUCCUAUCCCGAAGUUGCGACUUCCUCCAAGACAACCUCGAACAAAAAGACCAAGAAAUCGCGAGAAGACACUGAGUUCGACAUUGAUGAAUUCUCGAGGCGGAAGCGGGCUUAUCUGGAAGACAGCUUCCAUGAUUACAACACCAUUCCUCGACCCGAGAGCCACGAACGAGAUGCUGUCCAUGGCCAUCCAGUCAAACCUGUGUCGUCCACCGACAAUCCUCCGCCUCCUGUUAUCCAUCCAAACCGACUCGUUGUUCCCACCGCCACGUUGACGUCGCCCACGAACGCUCAGGCGCCGCCUGAUAACACCUUGGUCAACGGAACUGGCCGUAAAAGAAGAUACGAUGAGGUGGACGCUGAUGAUCUCGAUGAUUCGACCGCCGACUCGUCCUCUCCUGGUCCGUUGCUUGUACCACCACCGCCACCGGGCGUGGCAAACGCUCACCCACGGGGUGCGACCCCAAGAUCGACCAGGCUUCACCCAGCACCGAAGACGCGCAAAUCGGCGCGGGUCAUGGUAUCGCCCAACAAGCCAAAGAACGGCGGAAUCACGGCUGGAAUUGCACGUGCGGGGCCUGGGCGUGAUGCUGGGAUCGGCAAUUUGAAUGGAGCGGAUUCGGGCGCAGAGGACAACGACGAGUUCUGUGCAUCGUGCGGUGGCGAAGGGAAGCUUCUUUGCUGUGAUGGCUGUACGAAUUCCUUCCAUCAUGCCUGCCUGGAGCCUCCGUUGAAUCCGGACGAAGAGGUCGAAGGCGAAUGGUACUGUCCGCGAUGUGUAGGCCGGCGAACGAAGCAGGUCCCUCAUCCAUCUGGGCUGUUGGGCUUGGUUAUCCGCCGCGUUGACGACAUCAUCCCGAAAGCCUUCUCACUGCCGGCCGACAUCCGCGACUACUUCGAGGGAGUGCGGACGGGUGACGAGGGCGAGUAUGAAGAAGUCAGCCUCCCCCGCACCCAAAACCACACGGCCAAGAUGAACCGUGCCGGCUUCAUCGAGGAGCCCAAUUACAAGGAGACUCGCGACAGCAAAGGCCACAUCAUCCGAUGCUACCGCUGCAACAUGACGGCCAACGGCCGCGACAUCAUCCCGUGUGAUUUCUGCCCCGCGAGAUGGCAUCUGGAUUGUAUCGAUCCGCCUCUGGCCAUUCCGCCACGCCGCCGCCCGGGCGACAAACCCGGAGGCACAUGGCGAUGUCCUCUCCACGUCGAACAUGACCUGGUUGCGGUCGGUCGGCAGAGUGAGAAAGCCCCGGGGGAGCUCGGUCGCGUACCUCGAUUGCGCAAGCCAAAGAACGCUAUGCCACUCGAUGUCAGUGUGAGCCGAGGGUUCAGAAACAAUGGCAUCAUCGAGGUCGACCUCAUGAAAGACGAACCUGAGCUUGACAAAACCAAGGAAGUCCAAAUGCAUGGCAAAAUCUACCGGAUUCCAGAACAGGGCAUUCGACUGGAUUUUAUUGAUCGGGUCAAGAAGAGCUGGUACGAAGACCACUCCUUUCCCCGACAGAUGGACGCCCCCAAACGGAUUCGAAAUCGCCGAUAUCGUCCUGACGGGGCUGUUCUUCACCAUCCGCCUCAACAAACUCUCGUCAAGAUCCGAGAACCCGACUUCUUCACGGGUGCGAAUGCUCUGGCCAUCACAGAGACGGCCAAAGCAAACGUCGCCUUGCGGAGACGAACGAUCCGAGAACAGCAAGCCGUCUUGAAUCUCGCUCAAAUGUCCCAGAAGGGCAUCGACGGCUACUCUGGGGACGCGUUGGCAGAGCUGACAAAUCAGCUGAUCAGCGAAGCUCCCGCUGAUGUUGUGGACGCUGUCGAGAAGACCGAGUAUGAUCAACUCCUCGAAUUACAGGAGCUUAUCAACAGAAGGCUUGCGAUUUUGAGCCACGCGACGCAUUCUUCACGCUCACUCUCCCGCUCACGCUCGACAUCCAUGGAUGCCGGGUCUUUCGAUAACAGCUUCACGGGCGACGAAAUUCCGCCUAUACAAGAUCCACAUAUUGAUCCAGUCCUCCGAAGAGCCAGUUUGAAUGAACCACUAACAUCGUCGCCGCCACCACCUCCUCCUUCUGAUGAUGAUCUGCCCCUGCCUGUCGAUCCUGUAUUACAUGUGGCUUCUCCGGCUGACCUGUCUUAUCCUAAAAUAAUGAAUGGCGUCGAAAUUGUUGAGUUGUCAUCCGACCCGGAAGAGGAAAGUAUAAAAGGAGAAGAGGAAGAGGGAUAUGAGGAAGACAAUGAAGAUGAUAAUCAGGAUGAUACUCCCCCAGCUCCUGUCCACGAAGCUGCAGCCCACCGAAGAGCUAAAGAAGAAGCUGACAGACGAUGGCUUGACGCAUAUUUUUCGCCGAGGACCGUACCUCCUUCGAGGAAUGUUCCUACGAAUCCGCCCGCACAGGGUUAUGGAAGUAGGAGCAGUGUCGACAGCAUGGAGACUUCACCUUGA